AUGGAGCGUUCAGCAGACUGGCCUCGAAAGACAGUUGGGAACAAUGACUUCACUGAAUCAGAUGCUGUGAUCAUCGGGGCUGGUUUUUCAGGAAUGUGCAUUGCGAUCAAGUUGAUUGAGAAAGGAAUUCGUCAUUUCAUCAUCAUCGAAAAGAGUGACGGCUUUGGUGGAACAUGGAAAGACAACAAAUACCCCGGAGCCUGCUGUGAUAUUUUAUCCCACCUCUACUGUUACUCUUUCGAACAGAACCCGAAUUGGUCGAGGCUGUAUCCUGGGCAGGAAGAGAUCUUGAAUUACCAGAAGGCUGUUGCGUCCAAGUACGGCCUUUACCAACACGUCAGAUUCAGCACUACCGCCAAUGAAGCACAUUGGGAUAAUGAGACGAAGAAGUGGAAGGUUUCCGUCAAAGUCUCGGGAGGUAAAGAGGCCGAAUUUGGCAAGGCCUACAUUUUGACAACGGACUUCCUGAUUUCUGGCGUUGGUCAACUCAACGAGCCAUACUCUCCUGACCUUCCAGGCUCUACCGACUUUCAGGGAAAGACGAUGCAUUCUGCGCGAUGGGAUUGGAGCUAUAAUUUCCGUGGGAAACGCGUUGCGAUAAUUGGGAAUGGUGCGACCGCUAUCCAGAUUGUCCCCGAAGUAGCCAAGUGUGCAUCACACCUGACCGUUUUCCAACGGACACCUAAUUGGCUUAUGCCAAGGAUGGACCAAAACGUCUCUGAACUUAAGAAGAGCAUGCUCCGGAACGUUCCUUUUCUACUUCGAAGAAUGCGAGCGGAUAUCAUGGACGGUCGAGAGUCAUAUUUUCAAGCAAUAAUCCAACGCCACUCCGCCGAAUCUGCCGAGCUUACAAAGAUGUGCGAAGGAUACAUGAAGACCCAGCUGGCGGAUCGGCCUGAUUUAUGGUCGAAAUUGACUCCAAACUAUCCUCCUGGGUGCAAACGCCUUCUGCUCAGUGAUGACUAUUACCAGGCUCUACGUCUUCCGAAUGUCAAAUUAGAGACAAGGCGCAUCCGGAGGCUAACACGAGAUGGAAUCCAUGUAUCUGUCCAUGGAAGAGGAGAAGCGGAAGACUAUCUCGAUGUUGAUCUCAUUGUAUACGCGACCGGCUUCCGAACCAAAGAAUUCCUGUAUCCCAUGAAGGUAUAUGGCCUGCAAAAUAGAUCCACCGAUGAUAUCUGGAAAAGUGGCGCCCGCGCUUUGUACGGGGUGAGCGUUGAGAGUCUCCCAAACUUCGCCAUGGCAUAUGGGCCGAAUACAAAUCUGGGUCACAACUCCAUCAUUCUGAUGAUUGAAGCUCAAGCAAGGUUUAUGGUCACCCUCAUUGAGGUGGUAAUCAAAGCACGGCAACAGGGCCAAACGUUGUCCAUCACUCCCAAGGCUGCAAGAAUCCAGAAUUGGAAUAAGAAACUUCAGAAAGAGUUGGUGACCUCUUCAUUCGCAGACCCUCGAUGCACCAGCUGGUACAAGACUGAAGAUGGGCUCAUUACGAACAACUGGAGCGGGACAGUGAUAGAGUACCAGAAACUCUUGUCGAAUAUUGAUUGGUCCGACUUUGAGCUUGAGGGAACUGCAGCUAAGAGACUAGCUGGAAGGAAGAUUGAGAUUGGACGGGUAGUAGAGGAGACAUCAAUUAGCUUCCGGACAUUGGCCUUCAUUAUUUUGAGUGGGCUGGCUGUUGCAAGUGGUAUUGUCUUGAAGUACAACCCUCGUACCAAUUUCUUUUAA